GAAUUAUAUUUUAUUAGUAAAAUGCGUGGUUAUUAUUGUAAUUUUUGAUAUUUAAUCUAUUUUCGUAUGAGAUGUUUAGUGUUUCUAUUGUUCACAUGAGUUCAGUGAAACAGCGAUACGAUUUUAGCCUGAAAAGGGGCAGUAAACGGUAAAGCGUUCAGAAUGUUAUAUUCGUAUCGAGUCCCUAUUUAAGGUUCAUAAUUAGAACGUGGAUUGCGAUACGUGUGUGUAUGUAGGUAUAUACUUAGCACGGUUCUAUGCAAUUAGUGAGUCAGAUAGUUGUUUGUGUUAAAAACACCAUUAAAUUGUUAUCAGUGCUUGCUUUAAGCCGAGUGGUACUUGGCGUUGAUUCACCCGACUUCAUUCGACUCUCCUCCGGAUGUGAUUUGUCGACGGAAAAAUGUGGUAUCAUAUUUGUUAGUAGCGCAGUGCUGUGGUCGUAACAGUUUGUUUCCUUCGUAUGUAGUUAGCGGAUGGGUUAUGUAAAUUGUUAUUCGCAUAUAUUCUCUUCGAUAAAGGCAGAAGAUUUUAAGUAUUUUAGUGAUAGUGAUUACGAUGGCAUCUGUGUCGGAAUCGCCUCUGACUAGGUCAAGAAAUAGGCCAGUGCUGUCUCGAUACAGGCCCGUCAAUGAGAGUACAGAUCAGUUGCAGAGUAAGCGCGAGCUGUUCUUCAAAUCGGAUACUGUCAGCGGCGGCGGGGUGAGCGCCACGGGUCUGCCAAAUGCUGCGCCACCCGUGCCGCCGAUGGCUCCUUCGGCGCUCAAAGACGCUCUCGCUAAGCGCUCCGCCACACUCCCAGAUCCGACAGAGAGUAGUCACCACGAGCCUAACGGCACCGCUGCAGUGAAGCUCAGCAACAGCGUAUCUGUGGACGUAGGGAAGACAUCGUCAAUGCCUCCACAAAUGCAAGCGCCCCCAGUACCUACAACUGCACCGCCACCCGUCAAUGCUCCGCUCAGGAGUACAGAGAAUAUAAUGAAGAAAUCUGAUCACCCACCAGUUGCACCAAAACCAGAUCUACCUAAGAUAGAGAAACCAAAAACCAAAGAAUUAGAUGGAUACGUUGGCUUCGCGAAUCUACCAAACCAAGUGUACAGGAAAGCGGUCAAGAAAGGCUUUGAAUUCACGUUAAUGGUUGUAGGUGAGACGGGCUUGGGCAAAUCGACGUUAAUAAACUCCUUGUUCCUGACGGACGUGUACGAUAAAGACAAGCAUCCAGGACCAUCGCUACGCGUUAAAAAGACGGUGGGCGUGGAAACGAGCGUGGUCAUUCUAAAAGAGAAUGGAGUCAAUCUCACUCUCACGAUUGUCGACACGCCGGGCUUCGGUGAUGCAGUCGACAAUAGUAAUUGCUGGCAACCGAUAAUCGAUUUCGUUGAAUCGAAAUAUGAAGAAUUCCUGAACGCAGAGUCACGGGUGACUCGUAAAGCCGCUCCGCCUGAUACGCGAGUCCAUUGCUGCCUGUACUUCAUAGCUCCAAGCGGGCAUGGACUCAAACCGCUCGAUGUAGAGUUCAUGCAGCGACUCGGCGAUAAAGUCAACAUCAUACCCGUUAUCGCCAAGGCCGAUACGAUGACGCCCGAGGAAUGCAAGGAUUUCAAGGAACAAAUCCUGAAGGAGAUCGCGCAGCACAAGAUCAAGAUCUACGAGUUCCCCGAGGGCGCGGCCGACGAGGGCGACGCGGCGCCGCGCGCGCUGCGGGCGCGCGUGCCCUUCGCCGUCGUCGGCGCCAACGCCGUCAUCGAGCUCGACGGGCGCCGCGUGCGCGGCCGCAAGUACCCCUGGGGCGUCGCCGAAGUUGAAAAUUUGGAGCACUGCGACUUCUUGGCGCUCCGCAACAUGGUGAUCAGAACGCAUCUUCAGGACCUGAAGGACGUGACCAGCUCCGUGCACUACGAGAACUACCGCUGCCGCAAGCUGGCCGGCCUCUCGCACGACGGGAAACCGCACAGGAUCAACUCCAACAAUUUCUGCCCGCAAGGACUGAUGAACAGUUUCAUGACCGUGUGGAAUCCAUUGGCUCAGAUGGAAGAAGAGAAGAGAGAACAUGAUCUUAAAAUGAAGAAGAUGGAAAGCGACAUGGAACAGGUGUUCGAGCUGAAGGUGCGCGAGAAGCGCGCCAAGCUGAAGGAGUCGGAGACGGAGCUGGCGCGGCGGCACGAGGCCACGCGGCGCGCGCUGGAGGCGCAGGCGCGCGAGCUGGACGAGCGCCAGCGCGCGCUGCUGGCCGAGCAGGCCGCCUGGGAGCGCGACACCGGCCUCUCGCUCGACGACCUGCGCCGCCGCUCGCUCGAGGCCAACAGCAAGGAGACGGUCGACGGCAAGGAUAAAAAGGAUAAGAAAAAGAAAGAUUGGUCAUUUAAGAAUGUCACAUCGGGAAUGUAUACGUAAAGUAAGAAGAUCUAACUAUUUAUUAACAUGUUAAACUAUUUACUAUAGACCUGUGGUUUGUAAACUCUGAAACAACGAUACUAAAAGACUAAUAUAAUAUUAUAUCAAACAUUCGGUACCAACUUAUACAUUACGUUAUUUUAUCUGUAUUUACUAUUUACAUGAGAAUAUUUCCAUGACAAAGCAUUUAUUUUUAUAAGUGGGGCCUAAUUUUUGUACGUUUUUUUUUUUUAUUUCGAAAUUUUUGACAUAUUUUGAUUGACUUCGAAAUUUGUGAAGUUUGACGUAAACAGCACAAUCGAUUCGGCUAGUGACGUGUCAUAUUCGUCCACGAAGUUGCCAAAGUAGCUUGUAAUAACAAUCUGCUUUAAACGUAAAUCUCUUUAACGUUUCGUCUUUAUAAUCGCUAAUUCUGACAUCUCUGUCGUCGUACGUUUGUGACGAACGACGAACGACGAAUAACGCUCAAAAACUGUGUGAAUUAAGUAUAGGCACUAUUCUCAUUAUCGAUAACCGUAGCAUACUUUACUAAUGCUAGCGAACAAUAUUCCGUUUAAAUUUUUAAUGAUAGAUGUUACGCAUUGUAGUUUUACGAGAUAUUAGAAACACCACUACAUUUAAACGACGAUUAGAUAUUUUUUACUUCUUUAUAACGUUAUGGUGUUCGAGUUGGGCUUGCUCGCGUGGCCGCCCGAGCGCUUAGUGAUAUCCGUAUGCUCAUAGCGAGUGUGAGUUAGCUAGGCGUUAGCUAGGCGUUAGCUAGGCGUUAGCUAGGCGUUAGUCUUCUGAUAUCUAAGGGAGUGACGGUUGGACAUCGCUGGCAGGGACGCUGCCUUUUCUACUCAUUGAUUAUACGUAGUUUGUAUGUAAAUUAAUUUAAUCUGACUCCUAUCCUGUUAUGACUCGAUUACGUUACUGAAUAUUAAUCACUUGAAAUAUAUAUCCAGCACAUAUGUAUGACCUGUAAAUAAUUUCGUUUUAGUCAUUAUCCUAUAUAAAUAUAUUUGAUGAAGUCACUGUACUAAUCGAUAGUUCGUUAUACACGUUAAAUGCAUAAUCUUAUUUUUAAUCAAGAUGCCAUGGUUAAAUUUGUAUUAUUUCCUUACACCGCAGUAUUGACUUUCGAGUUGAAAUUAGGUAUUUAGUGUUAAGUGUAUGCUUAAUUUUGUAUUUUCUGUCGAACUGCGAGUCGCGACCGACAUUACCGAGCGAUCACCUGUCCCGCGAAGGAUGGUGUCGGAGGGCAAGGUUGAAACGAUGUAAUAUAUUGUACCUUUGAAUAAAUAUAAAUAAAUACGUAAUAUAUAGGA